AUGAGUGAUGAUGCAGGUGAAGUUGAAAAACCAAAGGGAAGGAUUUUUGAGAAAUUAGGGGUCUGCACCCAACUUCAGUUCAUUAGAUUUCUGUUGAAUUCAGUACCAGCAGGGAAGGAAUCAAAACUCUUCAUUAAGGACUCAAAAUUUGAGCAUGUGCCAGUCAGGAUUUACCAACCAAAAGCUCCAGCUACUGAGCUAAGAAGAGGAAUACUCUACCUGCAUGGAGGAUGUGCAGUGAUUGGAACAAAAAGAACUUACGAACGAGUAUGCCGUUACCUUGCUCGAGAAAGUGAUUCAGUGGUUGUCUUUUUAGAGUUUCGAUUAGGUCCUGAGCACCAGCAUCCCGCUCAGUUGUCAGACUGCCUCGCUGGCACUAUAUAUUUUAUGAAGAAUGCUAAAGAUUAUGGAGUGGAUCCUACCCGUAUUAUCCUUAUGGGAGAAAGCAGCGGAGGGACACUUUCUGCCUUUGUCUGCCGAGAACUGGUGAAAAAAAUGUAUGUCCCAAAAAUUAGAGCUCAAAUCUUGUUGUACCCCUUUCUCCAAAUACUAAACCUGUCACUGCCUGCCCAUCAGCAAAAUCGAUUUGGUCCUGGCUUGACCAUAAAACGGGCUGCGAAGCUUGCUUUUACCUAUCUGAAUGAGGACUUUUCCAGCCUAGAAGACCUACUGAACAAUGCCCAUGUUCCUGAGAACAUGAAGAUGCAAUUCAAGAAAUGGAUUAGUGCAGACCUCAUCCCAGAAAAAUUUAAAGCUCGAGGAUAUAAGCCCCCAUCUCCAGUUCCCUUUUCAAAAGAAUUGUAUCAAAAAGUCAGACUGUAUGAUGAAACAAUGAGCUCACCCAUUCAAGAUGACGAUGCUAUUGUAAAACAGCUCCCUGAGACAUACAUUUUGACUUGUGAAUAUGACAUAUUUAGAGAUGAUGGGCUGCUGUACAAGAAACGGCUAGAAGAUAACAACAUCCCUGUGACCUGGAACCAUCUGCAAGAUGGAUUCCACGGAUUUGCAUUGUUUCUUGACACUGGGCUUGCUGAAUUUUCAUGCACAAAAGCAGCAUUUGAGGAACUGAUUCACUUCAUUAAAAAAUUAUAAACAAGGUGAGAGUUCUGGAUUUUGCACUUAGAUGUGGUUGAACAAUGUUCUCCGCAGUUCUCUCAUACACAGUGAUUCCACCAUCUUUCUCCUUCUCAUAUUGAACUGUAAAGUUGUUUCUGCACGUCAUGGGAUA